UGAUCAUGCACCCCAGUGAGGGGAAGAGGAUGUGAUCAUGAGAUCACAGCAGAGGGGAAAUUGUGAAAGAGACCCACUGUAGAAAAGGCAGCCCACAAGCACCCCGGCUCUCAGAGGAGGCUAAGCGGCUGAGCGGCUGAGACGACUUGUCUGAGAGUGGACCUGUCUGUCUGUCCAUCCGACAUGGAACCAAAGAAGAUCAGGGAAGGCUACCUUGUGAAGAGGGGGAGCGUGUUCAACACCUGGAAACCCAUGUGGGUUGUACUGUUAGAAGAUGGGAUUGAAUUCUAUAAGAAAAAAAGUGACAACAGCCCCAAAGGCAUGAUUCCCCUGAAAGGAAGCACUCUGACCUGCCCUUGUCAGGACUUUGGCAAAAGGAUGUUUGUGUUUAAGAUCACCACGACCAAACAGCAGGACCACUUCUUCCAGGCAGCCUUCCUGGAGGAGAGAGAUGCCUGGAAUCGGGACAUUAAGAAGGCCAUUAAAUGCAUUGAAGGAGGUCAGAAGUUUUCGAGGAAAUCCACCAGGAGGUCCAUUCGACUGCCAGAAACCAUUGACUUAGGUGCCUUGUAUUUGUCCAUGAAAGACAUUGAAAAGGGAGUAAAAGAACUGAACCUAGAGAAGGACAAGAAGAUUUUUAAUCACUGCUUCACAGGUAGCUGUGUCAUCGACUGGCUGGUGUCUAACAAGUCUGUCCGGAAUCGUCAGGAAGGCCUCAUGAUUGCCUCCUCGCUGCUCAAUGAGGGGUAUCUGCAGCCUGCUGGAGACAUGGCCAAGAACGCACUGGAUGGGACUGCUGAAAACCCUUUCCUGGACAACCCUGACGCCUUCUACUACUUUCCAGACAGCGGGUUCUUCUGUGAAGAGAAUUCCAGUGAUGACGACGUGAUUCUGAAGGAAGAAUUCAGAGGGGUCAUUAUCAAGCAGGGAUGUUUACUGAAGCAGGGGCAUAGGAGGAAAAACUGGAAAGUGAGGAAGUUCAUUCUGAGAGAAGACCCCGCCUACCUGCACUACUACGACCCUGCAGGGGGGGAAGACCCCCUGGGAGCAAUUCACUUGAGAGGCUGUGUGGUGACGUCAGUGGAGAGCAACUCUGAUGGCAGGAAGAGUGAGGAGGAGAACCUGUUUGAGAUUAUCACGGCAGAUGAAGUGCAUUACUUCUUGCAAGCAGCCACCCCCAAGGAGCGCACAGAGUGGAUCAAAGCCAUCCAGGUGGCCUCCCGGACUGGGAAGUGAAGGCACACCUACAUCCCGCAGCUCCUCCUGAGGGAAGUCCAUGGAUAAGCUCAGUCCACAACCUGCCUGUGUCUGUGACAAGUCAACAGGAAGGGCCCAGGGUGGGAAGUUUUCCUCUGCACCAGAUUCUGCCUGUCAUUAAACACACAGCACAAGGCCCCCUGCACACGUUGCUCACUGCAGCCUCCCCGGCCCUCCCUGCAGCCUCCAAGCAGAUAGAACAAGUUGCGUGGCCCCUGUAGGCUGCUUACCCUCUGCAGGAAAUGGAAAAUGAAGGAAUUAAACUAGGAAAUCCCUGAGGCCCUCCUUAGCUUAAAAAAAUACCCCGUUCUAAGUCUAAUUCUAAUACUCAAGAAAAGUGAAAGCUGUAGCUAUUCUGCUGCCUCAUUGGCUAAGCCUUGGCCUUUAGCUGUCUUCAAAUGAGCCAGAACCUGAGACAGUUCUUCCCUUUGAAACUAUUGUACUCGCUGCAAACUUGUUUGUUCUCUUUAGCUGUCUUCUGCUUGCCUUUGGCCUUGAGAUCAUGUAACAAAAUGAAGGCAUACCCUGAUCUUCCUCAUCCUACUCAGAAACUUCCUGAGAGCAGUGGUGGCUUUCAGGGUUAUGCCUUCUGGGAAAAAGACCCGAGAAAGCCAAGAGUAGUUGAGGGUCUUUUCUAUGCCCCCAAGCCUCCCAGAGCAGGAAUCUGUACUCUGACUCAAGCUGAUCUGAGAGGGGUCUCCCUUUGUUCCUUUCUAAAACAUUUCGCUACUCUUCAUUAUAAUCAGGAGAGGAGACCCUAAAUCUAUGAGGAUCUGUUUUAUUUGAGAUUUACAGAAAAAUUGUGAACAGAGGUUCCCUCCAUGGGUGGGGACCUGGGCAGCUCCCUGGCUGAUGUGUACCCCAACCCCAGUUGUAGAGGGUGUAGGCCCAGCUCAUCCAGAGAUAGCGCUGAAAGGACUCAGAUCUGCACAGAGCUUCUGGCACUGGCACCUUCAGCUCUCCAGCUUAUGAGUUGGUGGUUGUGCCCAAGCUUUAAGCAUAGGCAGUAGCAGCUCCUGCUUAGGUUAUAAGGGACCUAGGUUGAAACUGGGAAUUUGUUUACAAUUUUAUUUUUUGAGGGGGG